AUGAGAAACCACGACUACUCCAUCCACACACCGCCGGAGUCUGCGCCGGAGUCUGGAGAGCGCGUUGAGGGCGACCUGCCUGCACACAGCUUCCAGCUCCGGCUCCUGGCCCGACUUGGAGGAAGAAGUUCCUUGAGAGAAAUAGAGCCCUGCCUGUGUGCUGAUGAAGACUCGCCUCCGCAUGGUGACAUUCUUGAGUUCCACGGUCCGGAAGGAACGGGCAAGACGGAAAUGCUCUACCACGUGGCGGCGCGCUGCAUUCUGCCCCGGGCGGACGGCGGCCUGGAGGCCGACGUCCUCUUCAUCGACACCGACUGCCGCUUCGACCUGCUGCGCCUGGUGGCCAUCCUGGAGCGCCGGCUGUCGGGGGGCUCCGAGGAGGCCGUGACGCGCUGCCUGGCGCGGCUGCUCGUGGCGCAGUGCCACAGCAGCGCCCAGGUCCUCCUCACGCUGCACUCGCUGGGGGCCGUGCUCUGCAGCCGCCCGGCGCUCUGCCUGCUCGCGGUGGACAGCCUGUCCGCCUUCUACUGGCUGGACCGCGCCAGCGGCGGGGAGAGCCCGCGCGCACAGGAGGCCACCCUGGCGCAGUGCGCCCAGGUCCUGCAGAGACUGGUGCGGGAGCACCGGCUGCUGCUGCUCGCCACCACCCAGAGCGUGAUGCGGCGGGCCCCGGCCAGCGCCCGCGCCCCGGGCGCGGCCGCCGACUACAGGCCCUACCUCUGCAGGGCCUGGCAGGACGCCGUGAGGCGGAGGCUGUUCUUCUCCAAGCAGGGCGGCCCCCCGGGCAGCCCCCAGUUCUCUGUGGUGUGGCGCCACUCAGGAAGCAGCGCGCUGAAGAAGCGCGGCUUCGUUAUUGGCGAGAGCGGGGUUCAGUUUCAGUGAUACGCGUCACGGGCAGGUCUCUUUGCAGGGUUUUUCACGGGCUGACGUGACUCAGCUCCAAGGUUUUGAAUUCCGGGGGAUUUCACAAAGCGGCGUUUCCACGUGGAACGGAUUCCUCCAGCUGGCGCGGUAAGCCUCAGACGCUUCUGUUCCUUGGCCGUUGAGCGUGGAUCCCAGUGAUCCAAUUAAACUGUAUUAAAGCUGCUAUAUGUAUUUUAAACAGUGGCCAGACCUCCAUGUUUCUCAUACAGAGGAAGAUUUAUUUUAAUAAUUUAUGC